AUGGGAUAUGCAGAUCAUCAGAAAGCAAAUCGAUUCGAAGAGAUCAAGAGUUGUCGUGUGCUGGUCAGCCGCGACGCACAGUUUAUGGAAGACGUCUUCGACAGUGGAAGACGCGACUACGUUCAAGCCGAAGUAGUUUUAGAAGAUGAAGAAGGUUCAACGGAUGAAGACUCAUCGUGUUCCAACAAAGAAAAAGAAGAAACGUUCAGGAUAAGGACGCCGAACCUGGAAGCAAGCGACAUCAACGCACACGAUCACUGGAAGAAGCGGUCGAUAUUCUAA